GUUACAGGCGUUUCAGACAUUAUUGUCGUUUUAUCAUAUGAAUUGUCGUGCUAAGAAGGUGUACGGUAAUAUUCAAUGCAAUUCACAUGAUGAAAGCACAGCAUUCGAUUGCUCAAGUCCAGAUGCCCAAAAUACCGUUUAUUGCUUUCUGGGUUCAACUGAAGUUGACAGCAAGGAUGUUGAUAAUAUCGGAGCUGUUCGUCGGUUAUGUGGCAGCCGACGUCGAAGCAUAGUAUUUUGCCGAGCAUGUGGUCUUUUCAGAUUUGGUAGAUGGCUCACUCCCAAGGAAAAGCGGACUAAGCUAUGGGUUGCUAAUUUAUUCGUUUGGCAGCACACUACUGGCAAAUUGAAUGAAAAGAAAAAUUGGCUUUUUUAUAAGUUGUCAAAUUUAAAAUGGACACGUGCAUUUGAGAUGGUCGCAACGAUCAGUGAUGAGGGUGCAUUGAAAUUCAGUCUUUUUUUAAAAGACAGUGCUGCUAUUCACGAAAGUAAUAUUUAUAGUGUGAAUGAUUCAAUUGAUAUCAAAGCUAUUAUUGUGAUGUUCUUUCCUGAUUUAGUACCAGCUUCUAUUUCUUCACCAGAACCUACAAUAAAAGAAAAAGAGAAUAUUGAUGAGUUCUUCGAAAAUAUCAGACAUGAACCCGUAAGAAAUUGGGGAAUUUCUACUGGAAAUAUUGUUGCAGUACUACGACCUUACCAAGAAGAUGCAAUACGUUUUAUGAUCUCACGUGAAGAUCCCAAUCAACAGAUCGCAUUUACCGUAAAAGGUGAUUUUGUUGAACUGCCAACUACACCACGAAUUCUCUAUUCACCAAUUACUGGGUCUAUAUCACGACAGCUCGAUAGGCCGUCAUUCGGUAAAUGUCCUCCAGGUAUCCUUGGAUAUUUAUUUGAAAAAAUACAUCGAAGCUGUGUUAGCAAAGUACAUGCUUUAUUUUUUAUUUUUUGGUUGCAACUGGACUUCUACAGCAAUCGUUUCAAUUCUAAUGUAAUGCUUGUUUAA